AUGGAGGAGGCAGUGGUGAAGCAGGGCGUGCUCUACCUCCAGCUGCAGCAGACCUUCGGGAAGAAAUGGAAGAAGUUCUGGGGCGUCUUGUACCGGGAAAGCUCCUGCUCCACCGCCCGCCUGGAGCUCUUCGAGGGCUCGGCGCCGCCGGCCGCCGAGAAGCUGCGGAAAGGCGAGGGCAGCAAGCGGCUGGUCAAGCUGAGCGACUGCGUGCAUGUGGUGGAGGCGAGCGGUGAUGCCGGCUGCCCCAAGGAGACGGUCCCCUUCCUGCUGGAGACCACUGACAAGCGGUACCUCCUAGCCGCUGAUGGCACCGAGGUGGCCAGCUGGAUCCAGAAGCUGUGCGAGCUGGCUUUCCCGAGGAGCAGGGAGGAGCAGGCAGCAGGCAAGGAUAGCCAGCAGAGCUCACUGGGCACCGACAGCGGGUUCUCCAUGGAGGAAAACUCCCUCUACAGCUCCCGGGGCAAAGGUGGCUUGGAGCAGGCGUUCGAGGUGACGGUGAGGGCCACCGAGUCCUCUGAGCGCUGUCGACUCUGGGGCCGCUGUAUCCUGCGAGCCAACGAGGAGGUGCUGGAGCUGCGUGAUUUCCAGACCUUGGAGAUCCUCUACAGCUGGCCCUACCGCUUCCUGCGGCGCUUUGGGCGGGAUAAGGUGACCUUCUCCUUCGAGGCCGGCCGGCGCUGCACAUCUGGAGAAGGCAACUUUGAGUUUGAGACCAGGCAAGGCAACGAGAUCUUCCAGGCGAUCGAGUCAGCCAUCAACAUGCAUCGGGGCCGGGGGGCUGAGGAGCCAUGGCGGGGUGGCCCCGGGGACGAUGCCUCCCGGCUGCUCGGCCACACCAAGAUGCCCAGCUGGGCACAGGGGCACGAGGAACGUGGUGCCGAGUGCCCCUACACCGAGCCCUGCAACUCCCUCCACCGUGGAAAACCCCCGGUGAUGGAGAAGGGCUGGAGGCAGGAUGCUCCGGCCAAGGCAGCCGUCGAAUCCGAGUAUGCCGUCCCCUUUGACACCAUCGCCAAGGCCUUCGUGACUCGCAAGUUCAGCAGCUUGGCCCAUUGCCCCAAGAAUUUCCCUGACCCCUUCUAUGACAGCAUCGGGGAGGCGGGGGGACAAACAGGCAAGCAGCCCCUGCCGCACUCCACCGCCACCAAGCCCGACCACAUCUACGAUGAGCCCGAGGGUCUGUCCACCCACAUCGUCUACGAUGAACCCGAGGAGGUGAAGGGAGAGGCGUGGAGGCUGCAGGCGGCCCCGGAGGAGCCCACCGGGCACGAAUACCCCUACAACCCGCAGCAGGACGACUAUGCGGUGCCCAAAAGACCUGUCCCUCUCCGGCAGCCCUUCCUGCUGCAGGGCAAGGAGUGGCUGGGGGAUACCGAGUAUGACAACGUGGGCCUCAAGUUUGCAAAGAAGAGGAACCUGCAGUGA